AUGGCGUCUUCGCGUCCGACUGCACAGGCGGCGCAGCGCAUACACGAGCAGAAUGUCCAAGAGCUGGUCAUCUGGGCUCCAUCGUCUGCAGCUGAAACCGGUCUGCCAACCCUGGACCCUUCCAGCUUGUAUGCUGCCAGUCUCUUGCGCUCUCGAGCCUCACUGGCCAGCGAUGCGGCGGCGGUUUCGAGCGGGUCUGUUUCUACCGAUGGAACAUCGGCGCGCUUGGACCGGCUCAGGUGCCCUUCAACGCUUCUUCAUCCAGUUGUGCCAGCGCUGUGUCAAGUGGGCAGCGGUCUGAUCAUCGCGUCAGGAACAGAAGAGAUCCAAGAGUCGGUUUUCGCUGCUCUUUACGAAUGCUCAACAGAGGAUGACAAACGGAGCAACGGCAGCAGAACUGCGACCACCGCUUCCGCCGACCUUCCUCGACCUGUACCUCCUCUAGCGCCUCUCAUCUCCCAUUCCUCGAUUGCAGCUCUCCACAGUCUCGUCGAGGCGGAAUUGAUACCUUGCCUCCUCUAUCACCUCUGGUUCACUUCGCUCUUCCAAGCCUACAUCGUCCCAACCUACUCUCAAGGCUUGUGGUUUCCCCGCAGCCGCUCUACGCCUCACAGUCUAAGAACACAGCUCAGACCCUGGCUUAGGAGCAAGUUGAGGCAGCUUGGCCUUGGCGACAUGCUUGAUGAUGGACGCAUCGAGAAGGAGAGGGAGCAGGAAGAGCUGAUCAAGAAAGCUGGUGUUCAAAUGAGGCUGAAGAAGGGUCUGGAUGAGAAAGAGCGGAGAGAGGUUCGACUGAAAUUUGGUCAAACCAAGGUGAGACGUUGGUGCAGAACCUGUUGAGCGCAACGGACAGCGGCUCGACGGUUUCAAAAGCUGAGAUCCUUCUUCCACCAUGUCCCUUUUCAGCUUGCUGCUCACGUUGCAAAAGUGUUCGACACACUAUCGUCAGCAUUGAAUGAGCAAGCGUACUUUUCUGGAUCAGCACAGUAAGUCCAAGUGUGCAUUGCCACUCGAGAGCUACAGGAAAAGCGCUUGCUCACUCUUUCUUCUCUUGUUGCUCUGCUCGCAGGCCUUCGACGCUAGACGUCCUGCUCUUCGCCCACCUCGCCCCUUUGCUGCUCCCGCCGAGCGCGGGCAAAGUCUACGACGCGCUGGAAACGAGCUCCUUGACCUCCCUUUUGCACACCUACCGCAACCUCGUCUCGCAUACCGCAAGACUUCGAAAGCUCUUGUGGCCCACAGAGGUGUCUGCCUCGGACGAUACCCACAGAGGCGUGAAUUGGCCCUUGCUGCCCAGCGAUGAGCGACAUGCACCCUCAACUGCCACGCAUUUGCAAACGGAUGAAGGACUCAUCUUCGCGACAGGGCACGCAAUGGGCAGUCUUUGGUCGAGGCUGCGUACCCUGGCCCUUACGCUUCCUUCCUUGGCCGCUCCCCGACCAACGCAAAUUCAAAGAGGCGGCGCAGGGCAAGAGCCAGAGAAUGCGACGCAGAGAGCAGAAAGGAAGAGGAUCAUGCUCGGCAGAACAGCUUGGAUCCUCACUGCUCUGAUUGGCAUUGUCGGCACUGCCUUUGCGAGCGGGCUGAUAGAAAUCGUCACAGAGGGUGAGGAAGAGGAAGAUGAGGAUGAGGAUGAGGAUGAGGAUGAGGAUGAGGAUGAGGAUGAGGAUGAGGAUGUCUUGGUCGAGGUGAUGGAGGUCGAUGAGGAUACUUUGAAAAACAACGAAGGCAGCGCAGCUACGGGCGUUGGGGAUGAAGAUGAUGGAGCAUGGGCCACGGUUGGGCAGGAAGUGGGCGGAGAGGAUGUUGCCACGUCACACGAGAAUGAUGUCACCGAGACUGGGUGA